AUGGUUGAUCUAGAAACUCUCUUGCUACAUGGUGAUGACGAACACAACAGAGUAACGGAUGUCGCACCACCAAUUAACGUGGCAUCUACAUUUCGUUACGACAAUGAUAACUUGAUUCCCUGGAGGGAUCAACCCAAUCUCGACUUUUUGGAUGAAAAUCCAGUGUACUCGAGAGAAGGUCACCCUAACGGUGUUAGAUUGGAGGCUUUGUUCUCUCGUUUCCUUGGUGGACAUGCAAUCUGCUAUUCCUGUGGUCUAGGUGGAUUUCUAGGGGUUAUGGUCCAUUUCAAUCCAAAGAGAGUAUUUAUGGAUCAAUGUUACCAUGGUGUCCAGGGGAUUGUGGGUAUUUUGAAGCGUAACUAUGGUGUGGAGAGAUAUGGCCUUGCUGAUAUCGAGAAGCAUGCCCAAAAAGGUGACAUCGUUCAUGUGGAGACCCCAAUAAAUCCAUUUGGUACAUCUCUGGAUAUAAGUGAAUUAGCUCGUCGUGCUCAUUCCAAGGGUGCUUUACUGAUGGUGGAUUCAACUUUUGCACCACCUCCAUUGCAAAAUGCUUGGGAUUUUGGUGCUGAUAUGAUUAUGCAUUCUGCCACUAAAUAUUUUGCUGGUCAUUCUGAUUUGUUGAGCGGUGUUUUGGUGGUCAAGGAUAAGGAAGUAGCUAGCAAAUUAAAAGAAGAUAGAAUUUAUUUGGGUUCCAACAUCGCUAAUUUGGAGAGUUACCUGCUUUUAAGAUCAUUGAGAACUUACGACUUGAGAAUUAGAAGACAAGCUGAGAAUGCUACUAAAGUUGUGAAAUACUUGAACGAUCACAAAGAUAAGUAUCCUGCGCUUGUUGAAUUAUACCAUUCCUCUUUGCAAACCGAAGAAUUUGUCAAGAAACAGUUGAGCGGUGGCUACACUCCCGUAUUUUCUUUAACCUUUAAAACUGAAGAGCAAUGUAAGAAAUUCUGCAGUUCCCUGAAACUUUUCCAACACGCAACUUCCCUUGGUGGUGUAGAAUCUCUCGUUGAAUGGAGAGCUAUGUGUGAUUCAGAUAUCGAUCAAUGUCUUGUUAGAGUCUCUAUAGGUUGUGAAUCCGCAGAUGAUUUGAUCAACGACUUGUCCACCGUUCUGUCCCAACUAUAA